AUGCUGCACAUGAAAUUUGGUUUUCAUUGUGCAGGAUCAAAGCAUUCAUCCUGCCCAGGAGCUGCCGAGGAGGACAAGUUGCAGCAAGGACUCCUCCGCCGCUGUGAUUACUGUGACUAUGAAACUGCAAAACUGUCCAAUCUUAAAGCACACAUCAGGAACCACACAGACGAGCGGCCAUUUCAGUGCCCUACUUGCUCUCUGCGCUUCUUGCAAAACGCCCAUCUUAACAGACACCUGCUUAUCCACACUGGUGAGCGCCCAUUUCAGUGCGGCUCAUGCUCGCUGAGCUUCUCACAAAAGGCCCAUCUUAACAGACACUUGCGUAUCCACACUGGUGAUCGGCCAUAUAAAUGCCAUUUGUGCCCUAAGAGCUUCUCACACAGAUCCGUUCUAGAUGGUCAUCUGCGCAUCCACUCAGGCGAGCGGCCAUAUCAGUGCCCCUCGUGCCCUCUGAAUUUUGCUUUUCAGAGCCAUCUGAAGAGCCACAUCCGCAUUCACACAGGCGAGCGACCUUACAGCUGCACCAUCUGCUCCAAGUCUUUUGUGCGGCCUAAUGACUUGACGAGACACGUGAAAACGGUGCACAGUGACAGCCUUGAGAUCAAAGCAUUCAUCCUGCCCAGGAGCUGCCGAGGAGGACAAGUUGCAGCAAGGACUCCUCCGCCGCUGUGAUUACUGUGACUAUGAAACUGCAAAACUGUCCAAUCUUAAAGCACACAUCAGGAACCACACAGACGAGCGGCCAUUUCAGUGCCCUACUUGCUCUCUGCGCUUCUUGCAAAACGCCCAUCUUAACAGACAC